CCCCGAGAGCCCCCUCCUCCUCCUCCUCUUCCUCCCCCUCCUCCUCCUCUCCGUGCCUUAAAAGCCCGGCUCCCAGCGGGGCUCUGCACGCCGAGGAGGAGGAGGAGGAGGAGGAGGAGGAGGAGGAGGAAGGACGGGGGUGCCAUCCCUGGGCGCGGUGCCCCCUGCCAGGCGCAGGAUGUGUCCCCUGGGCUGGCUGGGGGUGGCCAGCCUGUGCCUGGGGACACUCUGGGCUGUCCCAGCCGAGGAGGGGAGGGAGGCGGAGAAGCCCCAGGCUGAGCUGACCCUCUACGAAAACCCGGAUCUGGAGCACUACGACGUGACCUUGGACAGCUACGGGGACAUCCUGGACCUGAGCAACUACGAGGAGCUCUACGACUACGGGGACCUCGUCCCGAAGAUCGAGGUUGGCACCUUGGCUCCUCGCCCCAAGGACCCCAAAACCCUCCCAGAGCUGGGUGAAACCACGGCUGGAACCCCAAAAGUGCAGCCCCCGAGCGGUGCUGGCCCCGCGCCCCCAGCGCCCAGCCCCGGGCAGGGGCUGCCCAGCUGCCUGCUGUGCCUGUGCCUCGGCUCCUCGGUGUACUGCGACGACGCCGAGCUGGAGCAGGUGCCGGCGCUGCCCCGGGACACCGCGUACCUCUACGCCCGCUUCAACCGCAUCGCUGCCGUCCGCGCCGGCGACUUCCGCGGCCUCGAGAAGCUGAAGCGCAUCGACCUGAGCAGCAAUUCCAUCUCGUGGGCGGACGCGGACGCGUUCCGGGGGCUGCCCAGCCUGCAGGAGCUGCUGCUGCCCGAGAACCGGCUGACGGCGCUGCCCGAGCUGCCCCGCGGCAUCGUCCGCCUGGACGCGCGCCUCAACCGCAUCGCCAGCGCCGGGCUGCGCCCCGAGGCCUUCCGCGACCUGAAGCAGCUGCAGUUCCUCCAUCUCUCCGACAACCAGCUGGACUUUAUCCCGGUGCCCCUUCCCGAGAGCCUGCGCUCCCUGCACCUCCAGAACAACAAGAUCCAGACGAUGCACGAGGACACGUUCUGUGACAGCCAGGAGCAGGGCCAGAUCCGCCGGGCGCUCGAGGACAUCCGCCUGGACGGGAACCCCAUCAACCUCAGCCUCUUCCCCAACGCCUUCUUCUGCCUGCCCCGCCUGCCCACCGGCCGCUUCUCCUGAGCCCCCGAGCUGCAAAGGCAGGAAAACAUUCCCAGAUCCCGUCCCAGAGCGCUCAGAGCCUGCUGCUCCACAGAAAAUGUGGUUAAAGUAGAGAUGUUCCACCCCAGGGUGAGCUCGGUGCUGGGGCAAGCAGAUAAAAUAAAAAUGAAAUAAAAUAAAGAUUUGAAAAUGC